UCCAGUCUUAGAAUUGUAAGCCUAGUGCGUCUUUAGCAUUCUUCCAGAUUAGAUUUUCAUCGGUUUAUCCGGGACGUUAAUUUACGUGUGCGGUAUUUCCAAUCCAGGCCCAAUUCGCGUUACAAUCGAUCAUGAAUGUUUAGUGAAAUAAGCGCGGCUGUUUCCGGUGCUUUGUGGAUAUUCGAAAUAUUUGCGGGAUAUAUUCGAAUAAGGACUGUUUAGUGCAUUAUAUGCAUGAAAGGUGGAUGGAGGCGAACUGAAUCUGGAGGCUACGAAUUUUUUUUGGAGUACAAAAAAUUCAACGCUAUGGCUUGCGUAGAAUUUGCAGCCACUCUUGGAAGUGUAUUGCUGAUGAUUGUUACAUUUCCACUUUCUCUAUUUUGGAGCUUUAAGGUUGUACAAGAAUAUGAACGAGCUGUGAUAUUUAGAUUAGGAAGACUAAGAACAGGAGGUGCUAGGGGUCCAGGAAUAUUUUUUGUGCUGCCAUGUAUAGAUAGCUAUUGUAAAGUGGAUUUGAGAACUGUUUCCUUUGAUGUUCCUCCGCAAGAGGCUUUAACUAAAGACUCAGUAACUGUCACCGUCGAUGCAGUGGUAUACUAUAGAAUUAGAGAUCCUUUAAAUGCAGUGGUGAAAGUUACAAAUUACAGUAACUCAACGAGACUCUUAGCGAUGACCACAUUGCGUAAUAUAUUGGGAACCAGAAACUUAGCUGAAGUCCUAUCGGAUAGAGAAGCCAUAUCUCAUGCAAUGCAGACUUCUUUGGAUGUUGCAACUGACCCUUGGGGGGUGAAAGUCGAAAGGGUAGAAAUAAAAGACGUAAGUUUGCCGCAACAACUGCAAAGAGCGAUGGCAGCUGAAGCUGAGGCAUCUCGCGAAGCUAGGGCGAAAGUCAUUGCUGCUGAGGGUGAAAUGAAGGCUUCGAGAGCACUGAAAGAAGCUGCUGACGUGCUUCAUCAAAGCCCAGCUGCCAUACAGUUGAGAUAUCUACAGACUUUAAACAACAUAUCGGCUGAAAAGAAUUCAACAAUAGUUUUUCCUCUUCCUAUCGACUUGGUAAGCUAUUUCGUAAACUUGAAAGGUGGAUCGGAAGCUUCUCACGUAAUAUGAUCAUCUGUAGUCAACCACACAACCUUUCAUCGACUUUCAGGUUUAUCCUGUUUCGCGACUUAUUUCUAUGUUAGUGAAGUUAAGUUAUUAUAUUUUUACUGUUAUUUUCGACAUUUUAAAACAAAAAAUUCCUGUAAUGGGUAGGUGUAUAAAAAAUAUAGUUGUUUCCUUUUGCCGCUGUUUCCCA